CAAAAAACUUACAAAAUGGCAAAUAAAUAAUUAAAUGGAUAAAAACAAAUAAUUUUUUUCAUAUAGGGAAAACUACAGUAUCCAUUUUUUUGUAUGUACAUGUGUGUGUGUGUGUGUCUUUUCAACGAAUUAUAACUAAAUAAACAAAAGCGCACUGUAUGAGGAACUCGAUUGUACAGCAAAUGUAUGUUCGAAAGAAUCACUUACAGAAAAGUUACAAAUUUCAAUACAACGAUUGAAAAGGCGAUUUCAACUGAGGUAUUUAAAGACUGGAAAGUUGCAAGAAAAAGCGCGCAUUUGUUAUUUCAAUUUGCGACUUCGUUUCCAUCCUACUCCACUCUACUGUACACAUCACCGGGUCUAUCACCCACACAUUACGCAAACCCUGCAUAGACUUCGAUCGCUCUUCAUUUAUGUACGAUCCCGCCUCAUACUUUAAUUUUCAGUUUCCAUAUCGAGACGAAUCUCCAUGGAUGAUCCAAUUGUUGUCAAAGGUCAUUGCAAACAGUAUCAAACAAAGUGAGGUUACUACUCUAUGUCUAAUCAGCAAGAGAUUCUCAAAUUUGUUCAUGCUAAUAAGUCUCCAAGUGAUGAUAUAAUAAUGUUAUUCCAGCAAGCCUAGGAAUCGAGUAAGGGAGUUUUAAACUUUCUAGAAAUUAAAAUAGAGAAAUGGAUUUUUCAUGGUACCAUGAAAAUUGUCACAUUUUGCUGCUUGAUUCAUCAGGGUUCAUGUACCGGGUGGCUUGUUUACAUGCACGCAUGACUAUUGUUUAUUUAUUUACAACUGACGUAAGAGUAGUUGCUAGGUUAACGAUAACGCCCGUUACGGGACCUGAUUGGCUCGUAAACUUGGUCGCCACGUAGAUCCUUCUUACGAUGGAUGUAAACAAAAUUACUUAUCUAUUAUUAUAUAUACACGCCUCCGCAACCUUGCAGCUACGUUCCAACUAUACACAAUCUUCCUAAAAGCCAUUAAAAGGUAAUUGUUGUUCAGAAAAGACUUCUGAGUUGUUAUUUGUUACCCAUUUUUCUUGUUAUAACCAUUUGUUCGUUUUUACGUAAAAAAGUUUUUGCCGCCUUCACCUAUCAUUGCCAAAUUUCAGAAAAUUAUCUCUUCUUUUCUCCUCUACAAUGGCAUCAUUCUCUAUCACUAGUCCUCUUUCUGCGGUCUUUCUAGUCCUUGUUUUGUUUCAAGCAUGUGCUGCUUUCAAACCCGAUGGUCUCGAAAAACGCUCUGCGUUAUAUGACAUGAGCAACAAAAUCGCCAGUACUUCUUACUAUAACAUAUCUGAAGGAACAUUCUGCCAUGUUUCUGGAUCCAAUCUUUGCGUAUCUCCUCAAGUCAUUGCUAUCUGUGCCAACCAUAGUACUGUCCUUUUAAAUUGUCCCACUGUUCUUGGUUACCCUACUGGUCAAGGUGCCUCCUGCAUUGCCACAGAACCUUCCUACGGUCUUACCCGUGGUCUCUGCCAAAUCGGUGCCUCAAAUUAUUCCGGAAAGACCAAUUCUUCCAAUUUCGAUACUGAAUCAUCCUCCAACAAAAACACCAAGAAGAGUGCCUUCCCUAAACUCUCUUUAAGCUACUCUAACGUUGUUGAAAAACCUCUUCUCUUUGCUCGCAAUUCCCUUGACGAGUGGGCUUGCAACAAGACUUACUGCAACGAGGAGUAUCCCUACUUGGUUAAUACUUGCUUCAAUGGUACUCAAUAUCCAGUCAACUGCAAUUCUGCUUUACGCACUCCUUUUGGCGGUGCUACUUGCCGAAAUGUUGGCUACCAGAACCAAGGUAUUUGUGUGUAUACCAAUGACAGCCGUGCUGCUCUUUCCAAAACAAACCUCAGUAACGACACUGCUGUUAACCUAAACAAAACCGCUAUUUACCGUUACCGCAAUGACGCUUUCGUUUGGUAAACUCAUCUAAUUCUGUGGUAAUCGAUACCCUUGCCUUUUUAACCUUUCCAAUCGCUGCAAAAAUAUACUUUACCUUCCCGCAGUAUCUUUAUUGGGUUUGUUGGCCUUUUUACGUUAUUAUGAUCAGUGGCCGUUUCAUUUCUUCUUAGUAGGUUUUGUUCUUCUCUUUUGUCAUUCUUCUUUUCUUUUUUGGGCAUACUUAAUUCAUUUUGUGAUAUAAGUUUUUUUUUUUUUUUAUAUCCAGAAAAAAAACCAAAUUAUCUCAAUUUCCAGAAAAACUUGUUUUAUUUAUAUUAAUCUCUCAAUAGUGAUUCAAGUUCUUGGAGCCACUUAUUUCCAUUUCCUUUAAAUUUAUGCAUCUACAAUAUUUUUAUAGUUACUGAUUGUUUAUUUAAUAAUUAUUCAAAUCAUAUUUCUACGAAAGUCUA